AUGCCGACGGCCGAUCUCAAAGACCUCCGAGCACAAUUGGAAACGAAGCCAGGCUCUGAGCGCCCUACGCCUCAGGCUCCACCUCAGGGAACAGCCACAGGUCAGGAACCCGCCCAAGCUCCUGCCCAGACUUCCGCUCCAGCUCAAGCUGCCCCUCCGGCUAUGGCUGCCGCUCAAGCUCCGGCCCAGACUCCCGCUGCCGCCCAGACUCCCGCUCCGACCCAGAUUCCUGCCAUCCCCAGCACACAGCAGCACCAGCGGUCUAAUUCCGCGGACAUUGAUAUGGAGGAGGAUGAGGAGCUCGGUCACAACGAAAAAUUGCUUAUUAUCAGAGCAAUCUCUGACGCCCCUGAUGACCCAACCACGUUUAAGAACGCCCUUGACAAUGCUCUUCCGUUUGCCGUGGAUUUCAGAAAGCUACAAGCGCUUCUCCAUCCCGACAAAUAUCAAGGAGAGGAAAAGAUUCAGGCUCAAAAGGCGUUCCAAAAGCUGUUAUCAUUCCGAGAAAAAUCUGGAAGUCUUCUCCCGGGCGCGGCCGAUAGGCAUACUAAUUUCUAUUAUGGGAAUGAUGCAAGCCGCCCAGCAGAACACGUCGAAGGCCAGCUUUCAUCAUACCAUAAAGAUGCGCACGAGCGAGCAACCCCGCAUCUCAAAGUGCUUUUUUCUGCAUUAGAACAUAAUCCAAGACUGAACCCUCAGGCGAACUUGGAAGGCCUAGACGAAAAAGCCAAGGCCGCUGUUGCGGCGAUCGACAGCAUUAAUGCUGAGAUGAGAGCUGGCAAUGAACGACUGAAGAAAGACCCUGAUCUCGGGAUGAUCAGAUACCCCGAGUUAUUUGGGCGCUGGAGAGUAUUCUUCCUGCAGCCGGAGCUGAUACCUACGCAAAGCGCUGCGAAUUUACAAUGGUGUCAGAAAUUUCAUUAUCCAAAUGAAUGGGCCACAUUUUCAAUUGGCGCAUCGGCAUCUUCCGCCAAUUCGUCUGGCAAUUCGCAGCCUCACGCCAGUACAGACACUCCAGGAAACAGUGUUCAGCUUUGGAACUCCACUGGUGGACAGAUACGUACGAUCGCCAUUGUACCGAGAAAGACAACGCGCUCUAUCAACCCCGGCUACACAUCAAGCGGUGAAACGAUACGUAUGGUUCAAUCACUUGGAAGAAGUGCCCGCUUUGUGGUGGAGGAUGCGCAGGGCAGGGUGCGGCUUGUGUCAAGCGCUGCCGCUGGGGGUCAACCGGCAUUGGACGGAGCUACCAGGGCCAAUAUCCCAACCACACUGCGUGGAGAACAAGAGAUCAUGAAACUUCGCGAUCAAGUCCGAGCCGGUGGUCAAUACGGUCUUAACUGGCUGGCCGUCAGAGAAUUAGAACUGGGAAAAAGCAGGCUUCCAUUCAUCGUGGCUGGCUUUUGGCACCAGGGGACAACUACUCCGCUGCGGGAGGAAGGUGUUUCACGGUCUGCUCUCAAAAAGAUACUCGCGCCUCACGAAGCUGACAGAUUGAUUGCUGAAAAUAUGAUCGGUGAUCCUGGAUACUCUGUGAAAGAGGCACUUGCAAUCCUUUCCCCUGGCGCGAAUAGUCACUCCAGACCAACAGCACCAUUGGCACUUCCCGACAGGGAGCACAAUUUCAACCCGUGGUUCCCAUCUAUGCCUCAACAGUUUCCUCCUGCUCUGAACGCGCCGCAAGGACCUCGUUUUCAACAGUCGUUUUCAACAGCCAUCGGCUCCUGCCCAAUUCCAGUUGCCGCCACAGUUUCAACAAUCAUUUCUACCCCAGACGCAGCAGGAGUUCUACCCUCAGUCAACCUUCCAGCAAACAUACGGCCAGUACCCGAGCGCUUUCGCAGCUCCUCCUCAGCCCCUGUUUGA